AUUCCACUCUCCACGACGCUGGAACUACGAACAAUUAACAUGCUGCCUCCGUCCCCCGCCCCGUAACCGGAAAGCAACACCACUUCGCCUGCAAAUUCCAUGAAUUUCAACUCCGUUAAUAUGUUUUCCCGCUUUACCCCUUUCCUCCCUUUCCAUUUCCCAAUCUGCUCCUCCCUUUCGCUCCCCAAAACCCUCGUCGGCGCCAAUCACACCUCCGCCCGCUUCUGCUCUCGUUAGCUGUUCCCCGAUAUCCCGCGGUUUAAAAGUUCCAGGAUUUUUCCCUCUUUUUUUUUUUUUUUUUCUGAAAACAAACUAUUUCAAACACAGAUACAGGAAACCAAAAAGAUUCAGUGCGUAGAUACUGCCAUGGAGCCUGCCGUGGGGAAGCCGAGCUUCUUCCGGAAUAUUAUGGUGCGGGUGCUUUUGUUUGGUGUUUUCAUCAUUGUCGUCCGUUUUGCCUACAUCGUCACUAUCACCGGCGAGUCAUGCAAUCGGGGCGACUUUUGCUUUUUCUCCUUGCCGGAGAAUCUCAAUUUUGUCAUCGCCGGUGCUGGUCCCGGCGCCUCCGCUAUCGUCGGGAGCGACUCUGUUUCCCGAUCUAAUCCUCGUCGCGAUCUCUACACAUCCAAAGAUUGGAUCAAGGCUGUCAACUUCUUCUCUUCCGUUUUUCAAGAUCUGAUGUCCGAGGGAUACCUCUUGCCGAAUUCGAAGUCACUCUGUGUGGAGACGCCCGGCGGACAAGAGGUUUUCGCUUUGAAAGAGAUUGGCGUGGGGGAUUCGAUCGGGAUUUUCAAAAAAGCGUCGAAGCCCCUGGUGAUUUCCGGCGAGGGGCAUCGAAUACCUUUCCGUAACAAUACAUUUGACUUCAUAUUCUCUGGCGGGGCCCGCUUUGACAAAUCCGUCCGGUCGUCGGCAUUCGCAUCCGAGAUCACACGGACGCUGAAACCCGAAGGGUUUCUGGUGUUCCACGUCAAAGCUAAAGAUACGUAUAGUUUCAAUUCUUUCCUUGGUUUAUUUGAUUCUUGUGAAUUAGAGAAAAUGCGUCAUAUUGAUGGCUUCGAUUCAUCGCUGCCUUACAUUAGAGAAAUUAUAAUGAAGAAGAAGAGUGAAAUUCUUGGCCAUGGGGAUAAGAUUUCCGGUGGCGACUCUGGUAAUGAGUGCUCCAUUCAGGAGCAUAAACGUGAUCUGAUCCGGAAUGCGGAGCCACUGAUUACAGAUGAGCCCUUAAAGCCGUGGAUUACUUUGAAAAGGAACAUACAGAACAUAAAGUAUUUGCCAUCAAUGGUUGAUAUAAGUUUCAGGGGUAGAUAUGUAUAUGUUGAUGUUGGAGCUAGGAGCUAUGGUUCUAGCAUAGGGAGUUGGUUCAGGAAGAAGUACCCAAAACAGAACCGAACUUUUGAUGUGUAUGCUAUUGAAGCUGAUAGAACUUUUAAUGAAGAGUAUAGGUUGAAGAAAAAGGUUACAUUGCUGCCUUAUGCGGCUUGGAUAAGGAAUGAGACACUGUCUUUUGAGGUUAAUCAUGAUCCGAACCAUCCGGGGCUGGAAGAUGUGAAGGAUAAAGGCAGAGGGAUGGGAAGGAUUCAACCAAAGAAGUCAUCUGGAAACGUAGUUGAUGGAGAGGUGGAUGAGAUUCAGGGGUUUGAUUUUGCUGAGUGGUUAAAGAAGACAGUUACAGAGAAGGACUUUGUGGUGAUGAAGAUGGAUGUUGAAGGAACUGAAUUUGAUUUGAUACCGAGGUUGUUUGAAACUGGAGCCAUAUGUUUGAUUGAUGAGAUCUUCCUUGAAUGCCAUUACAAUAGGUGGCAGAGGUGUUGCCCUGGUCAGAGGAGUACAAAAUAUGAGAAAACUUAUGGCCAGUGCCUGGACCUGUUUACUUCCCUCAGAGAAAGUGGAGUUCUUGUUCAUCAAUGGUGGUGACUGGUGCCCCAUUAUUCAUAUUCUGUAAUUGUUAUUUAUUUGUUCUUAAAACUCAAUAGGUUUUUUCUUUCUUUCCAAAAUUUACAUCCAAUUCUCAUAGGAUAAAUAUGUAGUUAGUUACUUUAUUGUUUUCAUUUUCCUUUUGAUUGUAAGAGAUGUUAAUUGCAAAUAAAAGUUGAUAGUUGAU